UUUCUGUUUACUUUUCCUCUUUCUUCUUCUUCUUCCAACACGACUUUACUUCUCGAGCUCUCCUCCUUCUUCUUCCAAGUUCCAACACACAACGGCAGGAAGAAAAUUGAUUAUUCAAGCUCUUGCUCUCUCCAAGUCCCAAUUCCCAAACCUUGAAACCCUGCAAAUUUUUUCUUUAAAUUGGUUUCAAUGGUUACUCAAUUCUUCAAUUCAUUCUCAUCCAUCACCCAAUCUUUCUCCUCUCUAUGUUUAUGUUAUUCUACGGACUACGGUGAUCGUACGAAAUUUUCAGCUUUCCAUUGAUGUAGGUUGAGAUACAAAUCAAAAUAGGUAAGUUGCAGAUGCAAGUCAAUCUCAAUCAAAAGACUGAGAAGAGAAAGAACAAGAAGGAAAAAAGCAAAUUCCAAAUUUUCAGGUGCAAUUAUAAUUUGGAUUUGCAAGUCAAUCUCAAUCAGAAAAGAAAAAACAAGAAGGAAAAAAGCUGAUUCCAGAUUUCCAGGUUUUAUUGUUCUAUGCUAAAGUGUUUAUCAUUCAAAGUUUAGUGUCUUGGCUUGCUUGUUUGAGUUUUUUCUUGCUAGUUUCAAUAAUGUUUCCUAGGAAACAACUCUCAGGUUCUCAAAAAAGAAAAAGAAAGAAAAGAGAAGAAGAAAUUAUUCAAUCUCAACGGGGAUCUUUAGAUAGAUAUUUUGUUAAAGAAACAAAUGAAUCUGUUGAAAAUCAUGUUGAGAAUUUAGUAAAUGAACCUGAACUACAUAUUCAUUCUGAUGAGUUUGUAGAAAAUCAGAAUGAGGUGAACGAAGAACUUGGUGAUAUAGGUGAAAAUGAAAGUGAUGAAAUAGAAAAUAAUGAAAAUCCUUGUCAUGAUGAAAUUAUUGCUAAUGAACUUGAAUGCUUGAAAUCAUCUGCUGAUUUGAAUAUUUUUGAUCCUAGAGUUUGGGAUAGUCUAGAUUCAAAAAUGAGAGACUUGCUUGUAGAAAAAGGACCUAUUACGGAAUAUGAUAUCAACUUUCCUAAGGAUGAAUUAGGUCGGCACUUUUCUGCUGAGUUUUAUGUUCGAAAAUUACCAAAUGGUGAAACUUUUGCUAGAAAAUGGUUGAUUUACUUGAAAGAGCUAGAUAAAGUUUUUUGUUUCUGCUGCAAAUUAUUUAAAACAGCUCGCUCGAGAAGUCAAUUAGCAAGUGAAGGGAUAAGAGAUUGGAAACAUCUUAGUACGACAUUAAAUUUACAUGAAAACAGUUCUGAACACCUCAUUAACUUGAGAACUUGGGCUGAGUUGCGAGUGAGAUUGAAUAAGAAUCAAACAAUUGAUAAAGAGUUACAAGAGUUAAUUAAGAAAGAUACUGAACAUUGGAAAGAGGUUAUGGUCAGAAUAGUUGCUGUUGUGAAAUGUCUUGCAAAGAAUAAUUUGGCCUUUCGUGGAACAAAUGAAAAAAUUUAUGAAGAUUCUAAUGGAAACUUUUUAGGCUUACUUGAAAUGAUUGUUGAGUUUGAUCCUAUAAUGAAACAGCAUUUUCGUCUUAUUCAAGAUAAAGAAAUUCAUUAUCAUUAUCUUAGCCAUAAAAUUCAAAAUGAGUUGAUUGGUAUGUUGGCCUUAAAUGUCAAGAGUGCAAUCAUUAAAAAAAUCAAAGAGGCAAAAUAUUUUUCGGUAAUCCUUGAUUGCACUCCUGAUGCAAGUCACAAAGAACAGAUGACUUUAAUUAUAAGAUGCGUAGAUGUGUUGAAUUCUCCUAUAAAAAUAGAAGAGUUCUUUUUAGAAUUUCUAAAUGUGGAAGAUACAUCUGGUUUAGGGCUUUUUAAUGAAUUACAAGCAGCUUUGAAAUCUCUUGAUUUAGAUAUUGAUUGUGUGCGAGGACAAGGCUAUGAUAAUGGUUCUAAUAUGAAAGGAAAACACCAAGGUGUUCAAAAAAGAUUGCUUGAUAUAAAUCCUAGAGCCUUUUAUAUGCCGUGUGGUUGUCAUUCUCUUAAUUUAGUAUUGUGUGACAUGGCCAACUCUUGUCAUAAAGCAAAAUCUUUUUUUGGAACAUGUCAAACAAUUUAUACGGUGUUCUCUAAUUCUACAAAGCGAUGGAGUGUUUUACUUGAAUAUAUAGAUGACUUGACUUUGAAAUAUUUGUCAACUACACGCUGGGAAAGUCAUAUUGAAAGUGUCAAAGGUAUAAAAACUCAAGCUGCCCAAAUAAAAGAAGCCUUAAAAAAAUUGGCAGAAAUUAGUGAUGAUGGAAAAGUGUGUAGGGACGCUGAAUCUUUGAUAUCUGGUGAACUUUCAAGCUUUGAUUUUAUUUUAAGUUUGGUUAUUUGGCAUGACAUUUUGUAUAAAAUUAACUUGGUUAGUAAAAAGUUACAAUCCAAAGAUAUGCUUCUUGAUGUUGCCGUGAAGAACUUAGAGGGACUAGUUUCUUAUUUUGAAAAGUAUAGGCAAAAUGGGUUUAAUUUUGCCAUGACUGAAGCUAAAGAAAUUGCAAAUGACAUGGGAGUUGAGCCUAUAUUUCCUAUAAAACGUCACUUAGCUUAUUUGGAUGAUGAUGACUUGAAAAGUUGUUGUUUGAAUCUUGAAACUGCUUUGAGAAAUGGUGAUGGUUCUGACAUUGAUGCGAAAUAUUUGCUUAUGGAGUUACAAAUUUUGCAGGAAAUGUUGCCGAAUGAGGCAUAUGAAACAGAUAGGCCUUGGACAUCCAUUCAAAUUAUGGAGUUUGCAAAGAAAAUGGAUAUGUUUCCAAGUGUUAUGGUUGCCUAUAGGAUUUUAUUAACUAUACCGGUGACGGUAGCAUCCGCUGAAAGAAGUUUUUCAAAAUUAAAAUUAUUAAAAUCUUAUUUGCGGACUACCAUGACUCAAGAUAGGCUGAAUGGAUUAGCUAUUUUAACCAUUGAAAGAAAUAUGUUGGUAAAUGUUGACUAUGAGAAGAUAAUUGAUGAUUUUGCUUCAAGAAAUGCAAGAAGGCAUCAUUUCAGAUGA